AUGCAAAUGUGAGGUGGAGAAGGAUGUGUCGACGCCAUUUUCUGCAGGAAUAAGAAGAAAAGCGAAGAAAACGAAGAAGAGGAGACGCAAGGGGAAGGAAAUGGCGGGGGAAAAAUGAAAGAGGAUGGUGCGGCGGGGUUUGUUGGCCAUGGCUGCUGGCUGGCGGCUGCAACGAACGGACGGGGGCCAGAGGAGAGUCAUGAAAAAGGCGCUCCUCGCGUUCCCCGCCCCGCACAAAGCCUUCUGUCUUGCUCUUCUAGGUACAAGGACUGUAAUUGCGCCGUAUUAACGCCGAGUAAUAAUAAUUUUCUCUGGCAAAGUCCAAAAGGUCUAAAAAGGACUUUUGGAAAAAAGGCUAUUGAAAAGCCUCAAAGGCGCCUUUUUUAGACCUUUUUCUGAAAAGGACCUUUCAAGGAGUUGUGAAAAAAAACAAAGCGGAUAAAAAGGUAAAAAAAAGGAGAGAAGCUUUUUACAUCUUUUUAAGAAUUCAAAAAGGAGCUUUGAACUCUUCUCUUUAAGGCCUUUUUGAGGUUUUUUGGACUUUGCCUGUGUUGGAAAAUUACCGCACAGACAAAGCCUUUCUUCUGGUAAAUGAAUAUUUCAAUUCUCGAUUUUUUAUCUAUAAACCGAAUCAAGAGGAUCAACCAACCUAUUCAGAACUUGAUUAUGGGUAGAUGCAAGUGCGCAACUUUAAAGUUUUCUGUUACGCGCCUUCAAAAAAGUCUCGCUUGAAAGGACAGGUGAAGCUUAGAGAUAAAGAUCAAAAAAAAAUCUUAGGGAUCUGAAAUUCAAAAUUUAGUUCAACAAUCAACAAGAAAGACGGCAAAAAACUCCUCUAGAAAACAGUUUUCAGCGAGCGCCGAGGCGUCGGGGGCCGCGAGGAACAAAAGAAAGGAAUAUAUAUGGAGGAGGUGGUUGGUCCUGCAUCGAUUGUUGCGAUACGGGGAAAACGUGAGGCCGAGUAG